AUGGUUCAUUGUGAAAUUAACACAGAAAGAACGGCUGAUAGUGUACAAACGUAUCCACAUUCGAAGAAAAUAGUAGAAACUAUUACAAGUACCAUACUUACAACAAUAACAUCCACAAUAAAAAAAACAAGAAUAAGGACAAAAACAAGAACAACAUCCACAUCAACAAUAAGUACCACGAUAACGACAACAUUCACAACAGGAAAAACAAGGAUAAAGACAACAACAAGAACAACAUCCACAACCACGAGAACAACAACAUCUACAACAACAAGAACAACAACAUCCACAACAACAAGAACAACAACAUCCACAACGACAAAAACAACAACAUCUACAACAACAAGAACAACAUCCACAACAGCAAGAGCAACAACAUCCACAACGAUAAGAACAACAACAUCUACAACAACAAGAACAACAACAUCCACAACAACAAGAACAACAACAUCCACAACGACAAGAACAACAACAUCCACAACAACAAGAACAACAUCCACGACAACAACAACCACGAUAACAACAACAUUCACAACAGGAAAAACAAGGAUAAAGACAGAAACAAAAGCAGCAUCCACAUCAACAAUAAGAACCACGAUAACAGCAAUAUCCACGUUAACAACAACGUCCACGUCAACUACAACAACCACAACAGCCGCAAUAUCUAUAUCGACAACAAUGCGCACCACCACAAGAACAACAAUAUCAUCGGCACCAUCUAUGAGAGCAUCAUCUAUAGCCAUACAAGCAACAUUAACAUCUAAGACAGAACCAUACACAACAGAAAUACCAACAUCAAUAAUAUAUACAUCAUUUGCAGUGGCAACAACGACUUCAGUCUCAUCAUCUAUGUCCACAAUAAUUUAUCCAACAUCACAAAUGUCUACAACAACAUCUGAAUUUACAAUGAUUACAACUCCAUUUUUUCAAACCACAUCAACUGUAUUAUCAACAACAACAAUUAUAACAUUAUUCGAAACUACAUCCAAAUCAUUCAUAUCCAUAUUCACAAUUACCAUGACCCAGUCAAUCCCAUCAAAAACUGAUACGACUACAUCUCACAAUAUCAUACCAACAACAAUAUCAGAAACACCUACGAAAACUAUUCAACAAACAUUCUAUAGUGUCAUAACUGCUCCCACGCUUCUAAUGACAAUCACCAAGUUGAUGGGAGCUAAAGAAAAGACAUUUUCAAAAACGACUGUAGAAACAAUAAAUAUAACAGAAUCAAUACUAUUCAUCAUGACGUCAAGAAAAAUAUUAACAGUAAUGUCGAAUUCAACACUUUCGCUAGUUACAACUCAAAAGUCAUUAGUUUCUUUGUUUACAUCAACUAAAACAUCAGAUGAAUCUCACAAUAUUCUUCUAUAUGUUUUGUACAGUUUACUAUUUGUGAUUACAUCUAUUACAAUAAUUUCUUUUAUUGCUUGUUAUCAUUAUUAUGCUCGGAAACAACAACAGUUAUUUGAUGAAUAUUCAAUAACUGUUUUAAACACGCCAAUAUUCACAAAUACAUAUAGUAGUACCAAUAAUGAUAAAAUCCGAUCUAAAAAUUUGUCAAGUAUAUCGAACACAUUUUCAUCAUUAUUAUCAAGGCAAUUCAGUGAAACUCAAUCGUUGGAAAAGGUGAACAAACGUGUUGGACACAUAGUUGAUGAUAAUGGGUUUUAA